AUGAGUAUCUGGAUUCCGCAAUCUUCCAUAGGACACCUUAGGGAGUACAAAUAUCAAAGUGAAGAUCGUUCCCUAACUACCAAGUACAUUCUCAAGCCAUUCUGGGUGAAGUUUGAACGUAUAUUCCCAACAUGGAUGGCCCCAAAUAUGGUUACCUUGUUGGGGCUUUUGUUUAUUGUUGUGUCUGACUUACUGGUCAUGUACUUUGAUCCUUAUUACAAUAAGGAAUCGCCGCAAUGGGUUUAUUUCUACCACGCAAUUGCAGUCUUUAUGUAUCAAACAUUCGAUGCUUGCGAUGGUAUCCAUGCACGUAGAACCGGCCAAAGUGGUCCUCUGGGAGAACUGUUUGAUCACUGCUGUGAUUCGAUGAAUACCACGUUGAUGGUCAUCCAAUUCUCAAGGAAUGUUAUCCAGACAUUGAAGAAUGAAAAGAGAGAACAUGAAAUUGAUUAUGCCAUGAAAGGCCUCGUGACAUUCAUCUCCUACUAUUUGAUGAUCGUUUGCCUAUUCAUUAUGUAUCCAACAAUAUGGAAAGAUUACACAACUACCAUGCUCUUGACUAUUGGGUCCUGUAUGUCAUUCACCGUUGGAAGAAUCAUUACGGGCCAUUUGACCAAACAAGAGUUCCCAUUUGUCAAUUUCCCAAUGUUGGUUCCAUUAACCCAAAGUAUUGCAAUAGAAUUGUUGACUAGAGUAUUUGAUGUUGAAUUUGACGUUGCAAUGCAAUUCACAAUGUAUUCUGGCCUUGGUGCCAGCCUCUUAAUUUAUGGUAUGUUUGUCACGGAAAUCAUCUACGAUAUUACCACCUAUUUAGACAUUUGGGCAUUGACAAUCAAGCAUCCAAAACCAGUCAAGGAUGAAUAG